CCCACCUGGCAUGUUUGGCAACCCUACCUGCCUUGCAACUGCCGCCCCGUCCCAGCAGCUCAGAGCCGCCGUCACUCAGCCAUGACCUCCUUCUCCAGCGACAGCAGCUACGUGUCUGUCCCCACGAGGAGCUCCACCAUGCCCUCCUCCUCCUCCUGCUGGGUCAGCGGCAUGGGGGCCGGCAGCGUGUACGAAGGAGCCGGAGGGACUAGAAUCCGUGUCUCCAAGGCCUCCUUCUCCUCCCCAACUGGCGGGGCCUUGAGCCUGGCUGGCGUGAACGUCAGCGAGAAGGCCACCAUGCAGAACCUCAACGACCGCCUGGCCACCUACCUGGAGAAGGUGCGCAGCCUGGAGAAGGCCAACGCCGACCUGGAGCUUAAGAUCAGACUGUUCCUGGACAACAAGACCAAACCUGCGGUCCAGUCGUGCGCCGCAGAUUUGGGGUUCGGAAUCUUCAUCCGCAUCAAAGACCUGCAGGACAAGAUCACCUUUGCUGCUCGUGAAAACGCCGGCCUUGUUCUCGCCAUCGACGAUGCCCAGCUGGCUGGCAACGAUUUCAAAGUCAAGUUUGAGCACGAGCUGGCCACGCAUCAGUCGGUGGAGGCGGAAAUCAGCGGGCUGAAGAGACUCCUGCAGGAGCUGACUCUGAGCUGGAAGGACCUGGUGAAGCAGAUCAAUGGUCUGAAGGUGGAACUGAUUGAACUCAGGAUGAACCAUGAGGAGGACCUGCUGGCUCUGCGGGCCCAGGUGGGAGGCCAGGUGAACGUGGAGGUAGACGCCGCUCCACAGGAGGACCUGUCUGCCGUCAUGGCCGGAAUCAGAGAACACUAUGAGACCAUCGUCAACAACAACCGCAGAGAGCUGGAGUCCUGGUUCCAGGCCAAGUCAGGCGAGCUGAACAAAGAGGUGGUUGUGAGCACCAAUAUUCUGCAGACGACCAAGACUGAGAUCUCAGAGCUCAGAAGAAUUCAUCAGAGUCUGGAGAUCAGACUGCAGGCCGAGAUCAGCAAGAAAGGAGCUGUGGAGAUGACUCUGGCUGAGACCAAGAGCCACUACGCAAACAUGCUGGCAGGUUUCCAGAGGCAGGUGGAGGGUCUGGAGGAGCACCUGGCCCACCUCAGGGUGGACCUGGAGAACCAGAAGGCCAUGUACGGCGAGCUGCUUGACAUCAAGACCAGACUGGAGCUGGAGAUCGCCGAGUACAGGAGGCUGCUGGACGGAGAGAGCACCACCAAGACCUCCAGUGUGGUGACCAUCACACAGGAAGUGGACGAAUACGGAAAUGUGAUCAGCAGCAGUUAGAUGAAUCAGCUGAACGGAUCAGCUGCUGCUCUGACUUUAUUAAACAGAAUCAUCUCUGAUGUGUACGUAACUGAUGAGGAAACUUUUUAAAUGUUUAUCGACUUUCUUGGCUAAAUAAAGGCUACAUGACCGUA